UCUUUUCUUUGCUUUGUUCUUUUUGUUAUCUUCUUACAUACUCCCCCACCACAAGUCACAUCCUUUGUGCUUGUGUUGUGUAUAAAACUAAAGAUUUGACUCCUGCCUCUCCCUGAUGUUUAAAGAGAAAAAGAAGUUCAUGGAAGGUUUUGAGUUUUCACCUGAUGAUGAUUUGAGAGGAAGAACAACUUGGUACAGUAGUAGUGACAUUCAUCAUCUUCUCCCCCCUGAUGUGGGUUUCGGAAUUGCCGGACUUCGCUUGACGCCGAUUUCAAACCCAUUACAGUCUCGCAGAAACCUGAACACAGCAAGAAGAGCUGAUAUUGAUCUUGUCGGUUUGUGUCAGAAGAGUCUCAGUAAAAUGGUUAUCUCCGAUGAAGAAGAAGAAAGGAGUUUUUUCACCGGAUCCCAUCUUCCUUUUCUUCACGGAUUCGACCAGCAUGUGAGGCUUGGUGGUGGUUCGUUUCCGGAAGCUUCUUCUCAUCAUCCUCACGCUCGUCUAAUGCAGAGGAGGAGCUCUCAUCAUGGCGACAGUCGGUUGCUUAGAUUGCUUGCUCGGGAAGACUACCCUAGCAACCACAUAGGCGGCUUUACAGAGGACACGAAAAGAGAUUACUUCUUGAGAGGAGGAGGUUCUCGACAACGACGUGAGGGUUCUGCCAAAUGCAUGAAGGAAGAAGCUUUGUGUCCAGAUCUUGCGUCCAUGAUUGGAAUCUAUGGAUCUGUCUACUUAAUGGCAAAAGAUCAGAUGGGUUGUCGUUUUUUACAGAAACUGAUUGAAGAAGAAGAAGAAGAAGAAGCUGGAAGCUUUCUUAUUAUAUUCAGAGGAUUGAUAAAUGAUGUAGUCGAACUUGGAAUGGAUCAGUUUGGGAACUUUCUCAUACAAAAGCUUAUCAAAGUCUGCAACCAACAGCAGAGAACACAAAUCCUCAUCAAGUUGACAUCCACACCUGGCUUGCUUAUCGAAAUCUCCCUCCACAGUUAUGGGACAAGAGUGGUGCAGAAGCUGAUUGAGACAGUAAGAACAAAGACAGAAAUCAAUCUGGUUAAAUUAGCUCUUAAACCUGGUUUGCUCUCUCUGGUUAGAGAUGUAAAUGGAAAUCAUGUUAUUCAAAGUUGCUUAAAAUUCCUUGCCCCUGAAGAUAACAAGUUCGUUUUGGAGGGUGCUACGAGGUUCUGUGCCACAAUUGCAACUCAUAAAUAUGGAUGUUGUGUGCUGCAACUCUGCGUUAAACACUCAGAUGGUGCGGAACGUGAGAACCUCGUUGCUGAAAUAGCCAGAAACGCUCUCCACCUUGCUCAAGACCCUUUCGGGAACUAUGUGCUGCAAUACAUAAUAGAGCAGAACUUGGGAGGAGUAAGUGUAAUGUUUGAGUUAAAAGGGAACUACGUGAGAUUGGCUACACAGAAGUUUGGUAGUCAUGUAGUGGAGAAAUGUAUUAGACACUAUCCAGAGAGUAGAUCCCAGAUUGUCCACGAGCUCAUCUCUGAUCCACACUUCGAGCGUCUUCUUCAGGACCCUUUUGCUAAUUACGUUAUCCAGUCAGCUCUAUCUAAAACUAAGGGCUAUGUUCGGGCGAGCUUGGUUAAUAAAAUACGAACAUUUGGAAACCUUAAGAUGAAUCCAUAUUGCAAGAGGAUGUUCUCCAAGAGCCGACACUUGAGGAAGUGAUAACCCCUCAUGCAAGAAAAGUAUUGUUGUUUUGUUGAAGACGUAGGACUUGACUCUCUAUAUAUCAUCCAUACAAGACAGAAAGUCCUGUUGUUGUCACUGUCUUUUUUGGAUGUUGUUUAUCUUCUUGUAUUGAAACUUGAUCUAACGAGUCAUGUUUUUUUGCAUCUUGUUUGUAUACUUGACC